AUGCUGCUCAGGCAGAUCGACGAGCGGAGAUCUUCAGAGGGAGCCCAAAUCCCCCAAGGACAGCAGAGCAGACGCGUGCCAGAGGCAGCUACUGCAGCCAGUCUUCCAAUCGAGCAGCCAGACACCAAAGCUGAUGCAGCAAUAGCAAAGGUGCUGGGAAGCGACGAGGAGGAGGCGGCGCGCACCUCUAACACGGAGAUCCUGCGCCAGCUGGCGGAUUAUCUGCUGCCGCGGGACAACGCCGAGUACCGGUGGCGCAUCGGCACCGCUCUCUCUCUGCUGGUCGCCUCCAAGGCCCUCAACGUGGCGGUGCCGUUCAUGUUCAAAUACGCGGUCGACGCGCUGACGGCCGAUCCCAGCGGCGCCGUUUUGGCGGCCACGCCGUUCUUCCCGGUAAUCCCGGCAGCCGCGCUGCUCGGCUACGGCGCCGCGCGCGCCACGUCAUCGCUCUGCAACGAAUUGCGCAACGCUGUCUUUGCAAAGGUGGCGCAGGGCACAGUGCGGCGAGUGGCGGCCGAUGUUUUCGCGCAUCUGCAUGCGUUGGACAUGCGGUUCCACUUAGCGAGGGAGACCGGAGCAUUGAACCGGAUUAUUGACCGGGGCACGCGGGGCAUCACCUUCAUCCUUUCGUCCAUGGUCUUCAAUGUUUUCCCCACGCUGUUCGAAGUCACUCUCGUUGCAGGCAUGCUGGCGUACAAGUGCGGCCCGGUAUUUGCCGCGCUGACGGCCGGCGCCAUCGGCACCUACUCAGCGUUCACCAUCGGCAUUACACAGUGGCGCACGCGCUUCCGGCAGGCCAUGAACAGGGCUGACAGCGAGGCGGGCAAGCGAGCGAUGGACUCGCUGAUCAACUACGAGACCGUAAAACUCUACGGCAAUGAAGCCCACGAGCAGGCCCGCUACGACAUGUGCCUCGCUGAAUACGAAGCGGCUGCGCUCAAAACGCAGACGAGCCUGUCGCUGCUGAACUUUGGGCAGAGCUUCAUCUUCAGCUGCGCGAUUUCGGCCGCCAUGGUCGCGACCGCGCACGGAAUCGGUGCCGGGGAACUCACCGUUGGGGACUUAGUCAUGGUCAACGGCCUGCUCUUCCAGGUGUCGAUGCCGCUGAAUUUCCUGGGGUCGGUCUACCGCGAGACGCAGCAGUCGCUCAUCGACAUGGGCGCGCUGUUUGGCUUACUACAGCAGAGAUCCCAGAUAACGGACAGGCCUGAGGCUGUGGAAUUGGAGGACUCUGAAAGCGGGUAUGACAUCGAGCUGAAGGAUGUCACCUUUGGCUACAGGGCAGACCAGCCCAUUCUGCAGGGCUUGUCGCUGCAGGUACCGGCGGGCACGAGUUGCGCGGUGGUGGGAACCAGCGGCAGCGGAAAAUCCACGAUUUUACGCCUGCUGUACCGAUUCUAUGAGCCAGACGCCGGCACCCUCAUGCUUGCAGACCGGCCGCUGGACGCAUACAGGUUGGCGAGUCUGCGAGCAAAGAUCGGCGAGGUGCCUCAGGACAUGGUGCUCUUCAACGAGACCAUUUUCUACAACAUCGCCUAUGGCAGACUCGAUGCACCGGCCGAGGAGGUCUAUGCGGCCGCGCGCCAAGCUGCCAUCCACGACCAGAUUCUGGCGAUGCCCGACGGCUAUGAAACGGUAGUGGGGGAGCGGGGCCUCAUGCUGAGCGGCGGGGAGAAACAGCGGGUGGCGCUCGCGCGCACGAUACUGAAAAAUCCCCGCAUUCUUUUGUUUGACGAGGCGACCUCCGCGUUAGACAGCGGAACAGAGCAGUCCAUCCUGGCUGCUCUGCAAAGCCUCGGCCGCGGCCGGACCACGCUCUUUGUCGCGCAUCGGCUCACAACCGCCGCCCAGUGCGACCAGAUAGUGUACUUGGAGAACGGUCGAGUGGUGGAAUCUGGGAGUCAUUCUCAGCUGCUGCGAGCGGGCGGCCGCUACAAGCAGCUCUGGGACAACCAGGCAUCCAAUGUCAACGCCUGA